UAAUAAUUGUAAACUUGUAUGGGGGUGAACGAAGAGGUGUCAGGGUUCUGACUGUGUAUUAAGAAUGAAUGUGGGUAGAUUCUUUUUUGCUGCGCCUAUCUCACUUUACCUAAAUAUAAUUUUAAUUUAUGAUGUUUAAUUCGUUUUUAUUAUGAAAUGUUGUAAGAAGAUUCCGAGUUCUUGGUUAUUUGUCCUUUGUUUAGGCUUAAGUUUUCAAGUAAUGAAAUGCAAGAUCACUUAAACAUUCUGUUGAGCUGAUUACUUAUCAACGGAUGCCAGAUUUUAUUAAAUUUUCCAUGGAAUCUCUGCAUUCUCAUGUCAUAGAGAAUCAUGGAAUCGGUGAUAAAACGAGGCUUUGGACUGCCAUUUAUGAUUACGAAGCAUCGGGUGAAGAUGAAUUAUCAUUGCAUCGGGGUGAACAAGUGGAAGUAUUAUCAAAAGAUUCUAAAAUAUCUGGAGAUGAAGGUUGGUGGACGGGAAAAAUUUAUGAUAAAGUUGGGAUAUUUCCCAGUAAUUUUGUUACUCAACUUGAUGUAAACAAUGUUCGCCCCGUAGGCAAUGAUGGUAGACCAUUUACUAUCAAAUUUUCUGAAUUGGAACUGGAAGAAGUCAUUGGUGUUGGUGGAUUUGGGAAAGUUUAUAGAGGCUAUUGGCGACAACAAGAAGUCGCUGUCAAGGCUGCCAGGCAGGAUCCUGAUGAAGACAUAAGUGUAACCAUUGAAAACGUGCGCCAAGAAGCAAAGCUUUUUUGGUUGCUCAAUCAUCCAAAUAUAGUUACACUAAAAGGAGUAUGCUUAGAAGAGCCAAAUUUAUGUCUUGUGAUGGAAUAUGCCAAGGGAGGUUCACUGAACAGAGUACUUAGUGGGCGAAAGAUUCCACCUAAUGUGCUUGUCAGUUGGGCCAUUCAGAUUGCACGAGGCAUGCAUUAUUUGCAUUCAGAAGCUCCAAUUUCUCUUAUACACAGAGACCUGAAAUCGAGUAAUGUACUUCUAAGUGAACCUGUGGGCAUCAAUGAUUUGCAGAAUAAAACUCUGAAAAUCACAGAUUUUGGUUUAGCAAGAGAAGUGUACAAAACCACAAGAAUGUCUGCUGCUGGGACAUAUGCGUGGAUGGCCCCUGAGGUUAUCAAGUCCUCAACUUUUUCUAAAGCUAGUGAUGUAUGGAGCUAUGGUGUACUUUUAUGGGAGCUUCUGACUGGAGAAACGCCAUAUAAAGGAAUUGAUGCUUUAGCUGUAGCUUAUGGAGUUGCCGUGAAUAAACUUACACUACCCAUUCCUUCAACGUGUCCACUGCCAUUUUCAUAUCUUAUGAAAGGUUGUUGGAACCCUGACCCUCAUGCUCGGCCUACAUUUGUAAACAUAUUACGUGAACUGGAGGCAAUAUCACGCUCAUCCUUUAUGAAUACACCUCAGGAAUCAUUUCACUCUGAACAAGAAAAGUGGAAAUGUGAAAUAGAAGAAAUGUUUAACGAACUGCGAUGCAGAGAAAAAGAACUUCGCUGUCGAGAGGAAGAGUUAACAAAAGCUCUAGUUCAACAAAAAAUACAUGAAGAGCUUCUGAAGAAAAGAGAGCUAGAGUUGCAUGAGCGAGAAAUAGAUUUAUUAGAAAGAGAGCUUAAUAUCAUGAUUCUUCAGCAACAACAAGACCGUCCUACACCAAAGAAAAGAAAAGGCAAAUUUAAAAAGAGUAGAUUAAAAUUACUGAAGUAUGGGGGUCAGCAGAUCAGCAUGCCUUCAGAUUUUCGACACAAUAUAACAGUGCAACAAAGCCCUACUGUCCGAGGAAAUAUUAAAGGCUUACAUAAUCCUUCUAGUCCUGACAGCCCACCUUCUUCACCUAAUCUACCUCGUCUUCGAGCUUAUGCUUUACAAACAGAUGGUUUGAAAGGCAAAACAUGGGGACCAAGUACAGUGCAUCAAAAAGAACGUUGCCAUUCUAGACAAAUGCUAUUAAUUGAUGGCAAUAAAAGAUGGUCAAAAAGUGCACCAAAUCUUGAAAAACCACCAAUUCCUCUUUCUGUGCAUGGAAUUCAUAAUGCUGUAGCAUUAACAGACAGUGCUCUUGAAAAUGAAUCAUCUAGUAAUUCUAGAUCACACAGUCUCCAUAACGGAAAUGGUGAAAUUUCAGGAGUAACAAAACGAUCUUCACUACCUCGAAGAUUUGUAGGUUCGAUACUUGGAAACAUGAGUGCCAUUCUAGCAUCUGUUGCAGCAGGUUUUGAUAUAAGGACUGCUAAAUAUUCCACUUUGCAUCCACGUUUGCCAUCAACAUGGCCAGAUGAUGUUGAGGAUGAUGAAAAGUGGUGGCCAAAAGAGACAGGGCCACCAAUCCUCGGUUCAGAUUAUGAGUUCUCUUCAACAUCUGGUUAUCCACAUAACACUUACCAUGGCCAAACUCGUCAUUAUCGACCUAGUCUCAAUCUAGAUGGUGCUUCUUAUACAAAAUGCUGUGAUUUGCAGUGGAACAACACAGGUGUUUCUCAGUUGCCAACUUCCCGAAAACUAUCAAAUACAAGCUGUGAAAGUGAUAAUUUGAGCUCAAAUGUAGAUUACCAUUUACCAGAGUGCCUUCAUGUACACGACAAGAACUUCCAAUUCUUCCAAGAUUCUAGACCUGGUGAAGAGAAGCCAUAUCAUGAAUGGUCUUGUCUUCAAGGUACAUAUGCAUAUGAUAAUCCUGGUUCACAAAUUUCAUCCACCAAUGACUUGGCAAGUAUUCAGACACGUUUACCACAACAGGGAAAAUACGGGCAUCGGCGUACUCCUUCUAAUGUGUCAAAUGCUUCUAGUGCUUCUUCUAAUAUUAAUCCUACUUUUCACAGUGAUGAAGCUGAUCCCAUUGAUUCUGAAAUAAUAACAACAACUCAUUUACUUAAUUACUCUAAUAAUACUCCUGCUUUUCAUCGUAGAAAAAGCCAAGAUAGACCUCCGGAUAGACCAUCUACUUUGGACAUUCAAGGGCACAGUGGACGAUUGCCUCCAUUGCCUAAGAAAAGUGCCUUUGGUCGAACUUCACCUAAGCAGUGGACAGCAUUUUCAAAUACGAGCUCGCCUUCAAGAACAACUCCAACUGAUGGCUUGGGAACACCCAGUGAUGAAAGCUCAGGCAGUAUAUGUACUUCAAGGGUGCGUUUUACUAUUGAUGAAAAUGGUGGAUAUGUAAAUCGUGCUGCUAGAGCAGAAGAAGAAAAGACUUUAUUAGAUCUUCCUGCAGAAGGACAGUCACAAGAUGGCACUGUUCCUCUGUCUGUCACAUUGUACCGUAGCUUAAAGCAACGUCAAAUUACGCCUCGCAGUUGGGAGCGUAGUUACUUGGCAUAAGUCCAGUUAUUUAAUGUUUUGGAAUUUGUGAAUGUUCAUUUUUAAUGCCAAAAUAUGCUCAUAUCCAUUACAUUCCUGUUAAUGAUUGUAUAACAGUUUUAAGAUGUGGUAAUAUAGUAAUAAUGUUUUACUUGAGAUACUUAAGUGAAUGCUGCAGAAUAUCUCAUAUUAUAUUUUUAUAACUUAAAUAUUUUCCAUUUUAAUUUCCAGUACAUUCCUUCCUGUAAAUUCCAAGCAUUUUGAAACCAGACUUAAUAUCAUUUAGGGUUUGCUGCAGUAUUCAUAAAUAUAGUUUUGUUAUUUCUGAAUUUGAUUUUCAGUGCCCUUUUAAUAUGUGCAAUGAAUUUUACAGAUCUGAUAGAACAAAAUUUUAAUUUUGUUGUAUUGUUUUUAUUAAUAUAACUUUAGAUCUGAAGAUUCCUAGCAUAUCAAGGACCAAAUACCAAAUUUUAAAAUUCUUUGUGUAAUAAAAUAAUUUAUUAAUUUAGAAUUUUUAAAUAUGGUACACAUGUGAUAAGAGAGGUCAUUUGCUGUAAUUAGCACAUUAUGUAAUCUGUGUUUUAUAUGAAAAUUAUUAUAUCAAAUAAAUCUAAACAAAAAUAUUA